UAGACAUACUCGGCAAAUUAAAGCGUCUGAAAAACUAGGAUUAGUCCAAAAUGCAACUAAAAUCAUCGGGGAAUUUUGCAUUUAUUGUGGGUUUAAUUACCCAGUUGAUGUUCGAUUAUGCCUUAGGGGAGAAAAAGGUCCUAGCCACAGUGCCAAACAUGAACGUUUUGCUCAAUGACGUCCUAUUUAUGGAAGUUUUGCAGCCAUCAGAAAUCCGUUACACUUUUAAAAUUAGAUUAGCAAAAAACUUUGGCAUAUCCUUUCAGCGGAAAUACCAGAGCAUAGAAUUAGCAAUAGCAGAACCUUACCAUGGGUGCACUCAUUUAUCAAAUACACAUUUAGUUAAAGGUAGAAUAGUUCUCAUUCAAAGAGGGGAGUGCUCUUUUGUCACUAAAGCAAUAAACGCGGAGCAGGCAGGUGCUGUUGGCGUGGUGAUAACAGAUAAUGAUGUAAACAAUGAUCAUGCGUUCAUUGAUAUGAUAGAUGAUAAUACAGACAGAACUGUCGGCAUUCCAGCUACAUUUUUAUUAGGGAAAGAUGGGAAUAUGAUAAAGAAUACAUUAGACCGGCUACAUCAACAAUAUGCUGUGAUUACAAUCCCAAUAAACAUUACCGGUGCAAAUGUUUAUCAUGUUAAUCAGCCACCAUGGACUUUAUGGUGAUAAACAUAAUUGUUAUAAACAUUUCUAAUGAUGAGAAAAAUCCUCAAAGUAUUCAACCACCUUAGACUUUAUGGUGAUAAACAGAAUAGUUAUAAACAUUUUUGAUGGGAAUAAUUCUAAAGGUCUUAUGGUGAUAAACAAUUUUCAUGGAUUUUAGGGUAAAGAUUUUCCAAAUUUAGGCGAUAAAUUAUUC